AUGGGAGUUGAAGUCCCAAUGAUGGUAAAGUCUAAGGAGUCUGUUACUAUUGGGUAUACGAGGAAUGUUAUUACUGUUCUAGUUAUAGGGUUGAUUGCUGGGUUAGGUUUCCCCUUGUUUUUAUACACUACAAGGAUAUACCGAGCUGAUUUACCAGUUGAGGAAAUAUACAAUUAUGAUAUGAAUGAAAUUGAUUUCAAGGUUCCCAUAUUGGUGGAUUAUGAGGUUGACGAGGAAUAUUUGCGCUCACUGUUUACUAGAAGGUAUCCAGAGAUAAAGUUUUGGUCAUUGACUUUCCCCGAGAAGGUAAAGGGUGUUGGAACUGAAACUGAAGCUGAAGCUGGUGCUGAAACUGAAGCUGAAGCUGGUGCUGAAACUGAAGCUGAUGCUGGUACCGCAGCUGGUGCUGCAGCUGGCGCUGCAUCAGCUGCUGCUCCUGGUUACACUCUACACAUCCACAACGAUACAAGCGACAAAUUUACAGUUUGUGGGAAAACAAUCGAUAUAUAUACAAGAUCCAGUAAUGUUGACUCCUAUAUCCUGGAGGUGCUAUUUGAUAAUAUUUUCAAAUCCGAAUUGGAUACUUUGGCUUCAAUAUACAAGGACGAACCGAUUAAUGGUGUUGCUAUACCCUAUAGUGAAACAUAUAAUUUAGUAUUUUCCUUAUUUGUUGCCAAUGGUAAGCAAAUAAACUGGGAAAUCCAAAAAAGCCUAAAUGAACAUUUCCAACCAGUCUUGGAUAUCUUGGCUGAUAUAACAGAGUUCAGAAUCUCAACACAAGUGCAGUAUUACUCACAAUUAUCAUCUACAACUUUGCAAAAAAACAAAACCAUAACUCAAGACGAAUUAAAGACUUUUAUCAAUUUCGAAGAUUGGAAUUUGGUCAAUUUGGAUAUUCAUCCAACUAUAAAUUUUUUGUGCUACAUCCCUAAUGAACCACUUUACAUUGAAAACUCCGAAUCUAACUCAUUCUUGAUUUCCCAGUGGGGUGGGGUGAAAAUCCUCAACCGAAUACCAAUGAUGGCAAAGUCAACACUAGGUGAAAAAGAUCUUUUUCAAAUAUUGAACAUAUUUGCAAACCAGCUACUUCAAUUAAUCGGUAUCCCCCAUCCUUCUAGUUCUUCCUCCUCCUCUUCCUCCCUUGAAAUUCAACUAGAUUCAUUAAAAAGAAUACUAAUCUACAAAAACAUAAAAUCCUCACUAUCGAAUUUGAUCUCACUAGUUAAAUUAUCAAACUCAUUAAAUGACAUAACUGUACCUAAGGAAACUCGUGACCAAGUGAUCAAAGCCCUAAACUAUAUGAAUAUUGCUAAAUUAGAAAAAUCGGUGAAAAUAUCAGCAAUGGCAAUGGACAAUUCAAAUAAAGCCUUUUUUGAAAAAAAAAUGGUCCAACAAGCUUAUUUCCCAAGUGAACAUAAACUAGCUGUUUUUUUACCAUUAUUAGGUCCGAUUGGAUCCAUUGUUGUAUUUAGCCUACUUAGAUUAGUAAAAGGAUAA